UCACAGAAAAAUGAGAGUGAUGCCACUCUCCCCCCGUCUCUCUCUUCUUCUCUUCUCUUGCUUCCUCAUCUUAACCUUCCUCCUAGAUCCCACCACCUCCUCCUCCUCCUCUUCCACUUCUCAACCGCCACCCACAUUUGACUAUCUCAAGCUCCCACUUCUCCACCCCAACCACCAUUUCCCUCCAACCCCCUCCGAAGUUCUACUCUCCGACACUCACCGCCUCAACUCCCUCCACCACCACCGCCACCUCCACCGCAAGAACUCCACCUCCACUGCCCAUCUCCCUCUCACCUCCGGCGCCUCCUUAGGCGCCGGCCAGUACUUCGUUUCGCUCUCCCUUGGCACACCGCCUCAGCCCCUCCUCCUCGUCGCAGAUACCGGCAGCGACCUUAUCUGGGUCACCUGCUCCGCCUGCCGGAACUGCUCCUCUAGACCGCCCAACUCGGCUUUUUUAGCUCGCCAUUCAACCACAUUUUCACCUUCCCAUUGCUAUGACUCGGUGUGUCAACUCGUCCCCCACCCUGAUCGCGUGCCCUGUAACCACACCCGUCGCCACAGCACGUGCCGCUAUGAAUAUUCGUAUUCUGAUGGGUCCCUCAGUUCCGGGUUCUUCUCCCGCGAAACCACGACGUUCAACACGAGCUCAGGCGAGGUUGUGAAAUUCAGGGACUUAGCUUUCGGCUGUGGGUUUCGAGCUUCUGGGCCGAGUGUAACGGGACCCAGCUUCAAUGGUGCUCAGGGAGUUCUAGGCUUGGGUCUUGGGCCGAUUUCGUUUCCAUCGCAGUUGGGCCGGAAGUUCGGUAACAAGUUCUCUUAUUGUUUGAUGGACUACACCCUCAGCCCUACUCCGACGAGCUAUCUCUUAAUUGGCGGCGGCGGCGGCGGCCCUGAAGACGGCGUCGUGGGAGGUGCUAAGAUGAGCUACACGCCGUUGAUAAACAACAGCUUGUCCCCUACAUUUUAUUACAUUGGGAUCGAGGCUGCUUAUGUUGGUGGCGCUAAAUUACGAAUAAGCCCUUCGGUUUGGGCAAUUGAUGACCUUGGGAAUGGGGGGACAGUCAUGGAUUCUGGGACAACCUUGACAUUUUUGGUGAAGCCGGCUUAUGAUAAAGUGCUACAGGAGUUUAUGCGGCGCGUUAAGCUGCCAAAGUCAGAUCGGCGGAAUCCGAAUUUUGAUUUUUGCGUCAACGUGUCAGGCGUGUCGAGACUGAGUCUACCCAGGCUGCGUUUCAAACUCGCUGGUGGCUCGAUGUUCUCGCCACCAACUCAAAAUUACUUUAUCGACACGGCGGAGAACGUAAAAUGCCUGGCAUUGCAACCGGUGGUUCAGCCGUCGGGGUUUUCGCUCAUCGGAAAUGUAAUGCAACAAGGGUUCAUGCUCGAAUUCGAUAGGGAGCGAUGGCGACUAGGGUUUACAAGACGCGGUUGCGCAGUUUCUUGACUCGGGCUUGACUCACCACCAAAUCACACGAUAUAUGAUUUUUUUUUUUCUUUCUCUCUCGGUUCUUAUUUCCUUGGGGAAUUUUCCAAUCAUUGGUCAUUAUUGUUAAUUAUAAGAAAAGUGAUUAAAUUCUUGUGCAAAUAGUCGUAGGAGAAUGUGAAAUAAUUUGUUGUUGUCCAUUAUAAUUGAUUGGGUGGCCUUUUGUAUGAAACUGACAAAGAAAAACGGCCAACGUGAAGAAAAAGAGAAGAGAGAUGUUUUUGUAGCUU